AUGGCGCAAGCGCAGCAAGAGCAAUGCGCCGAGGACAGGCUCGCGCGCUGGCGCAAGAAGUGGGACGCGAAGGCGACGAACUUCCACCUCGACGAGGAGCACCCGGUGCUGACGCGCCACGCGCCGCCGCUGGCGUCGGGCGCGCGCGUGCUGCUGCCGCUCUGCGGCAAGUCGCUCGACCUCGCGGCGCUCGCGGACCGCGGGUUCGACGUCGUCGGCGUCGACGGCUGCGCCGGCGCGCUGGACGCGUUCGCCAGCGAACAUGGCGGAAACGUCGAGCCCGGCCCGAAUCAUCUGUCGGUCGUGCGGCUCCCGUCGACGCGGACCGUGGGCUUCAAGGUCGGCGACUUCCUCGGCCUGGCGCCCGGGGACCUCGGCGGCCGGUUCGACGGCGCCUUCGACCGCGGCGGCCUCGUGGCCGUGGAGCCGGCGGACCGCCGAGCCUACGCGGCGACGCUCGCGGAUUUGGUGCGCGGCUGGGUGCUCCUCGUCGCCGUCGAGCACCCGCCCUUCGACGGCGGCAAGCUCGGCCCGCCCUUCGCCGUGCCGGAGGACGCCGUCCACGAGCUCUUCGACGGCGCCUUCGACGUGGCGCUCCUCGAGCGCGAGGACCGCAUAGACGCGGAGCCCGCCUGGCGCGAGCGCGGCUGCGACGCGUUCUUCGAGACGAGCUACCUCCUGCGGCGGCGACAGUAA